AUGAACGUCCCUCAGCCUGGUCCUGCCAGCUUCACCACCGCAAAGCCGGAACGAGAGCCAGUAGGCCGCGUGCGAGGCCAACGUGGCCGGCGCUCAGUGGACGCCACGAAGGGGGAGCUGCGGCGCAGAGCGAGGCGUGGCGGCUGCGGCGGCGGCGCAGAGCGAGGCGCGGCUGCACGUGCAGGACGAUGUGUGAGCUCGCGCGGCUGGGGGCUAGCUGAAGAACUGCCGGGCAUGGAGCCCCUGGGCCUAGGGUCCCAGGGGGCAGCCCCCGAACGGCGCUCGACCAGCCUGCAGUCCCUGCUUGCUGCCUUCCGCAGGGCCCGCUGUCUCAGGAGGGUCCGUGGCACGCUGCCCCCUGAUGCCUGGCGCGAGGCCGUGGAGCUAGCGCGGAUCGCGGGGCCCGUGUUCCUGGAGCAGAUGAUGGUUUUUCUCCUCAGUGUCAUGAGCUCCAUAUUUUGUGGACAUUUAGGGAAAGUUGAAUUGGAUGCUGUUACACUUGCUUUAUCCGUUGUAAAUGUAAUUGGUAUUUCAGUUGGAACAGGUUUAGCCUCAGCAUGUGACACCCUGGUAUCUCAGACUUUUGGGGCCAAGAAUAUGAAACGUAUUGGAAUCAUACUUCAGAGGGCAAUCCUUAUUUUGCUACUCUGCUGCUUUCCUUGCUGGGCCAUCUUUAUUAACAUUGAACGGAUCCUCCUGUUUGCCAGACAAGAUCCAGAAGUUUCCAAGUUAGCCCAAGUUUAUGUGAUGAUUUUUCUUCCUUCUCUUCCUGCAGCCUUUCUGUACCAGCUGCAGACGAGAUACUUAAGAAGCCAGGGCAUCACUUUGCCUCAAGUUUUCACUGGAAUUGCCGCAAAUAUCAUCAAUGUGGGUAUGAAUGCUCUCUUCCUGUACGCGCUGAAUCUCGGAGUGGUAGGCUCUGCCUGGGCCAACACCACAUCUCAGUUCACCCAGGCCUGUCUUCUCUUUCUCUAUGUGUGGUGGAAAAAGAUCCAUGUUGAGACCUGGGGAGGCUGGUCUGCUGAGUGCUUUCAGGAAUGGGGUGCUUUUAUUCGGAUAGCUGUUCCCAGCAUGCUUAUGGUGUGUAUCGAGUGGUGGACCUUUGAAGUUGGAACAUUUCUCACAGGAAUGAUUAGUAUAACAACGCUUGGAGCCCAGGCUAUCAUUUAUGAACUGUCCUCUGUGGCCUACAUGGUGCCCCUCGGCCUUGGUGUGGCUGCCAGUUUCCGUGUGGGUAAUGCCCUGGGGGCAGGAAACAUCGAUCAGGCGAAGCAGUCGUCUGUCAUUGCUCUGCUCUGCACAGGAAUUUGUGCCAUCGUGGUAGUCAUCAUAUUCAUUGCCCUGAAGAAUGUGGUGGCAUAUGUGUUUACCAGUGAUAAAGACAUCAUCACCAUGGUGGACCAGAUGAUGCCCGUAUUUAUCCCCUUCCUCCUGUUCGAUGCAAUGGCAGGGACCUGUAGUGGAAUCCUGAGAGGAACAGGAAAACAAAAGAUUGGGGCCAUCUUGAAUGCUGUUGGCUAUUAUGUUAUAGGUUUUCCAAUGGGAGUUUCACUAAUGUUUGCCACUAAACUUGGCAUAUUAGGACUGUGGUUGGGAUUGAUAACAUGUGUCUUCUUUCAAAGCCUCUUUUAUUUCAUCUACAUCCUCAAGACAAACUGGGAGCAAGCUGCAGAGCAGGCAAAGAUACGGGCUGGGCUAAAAGGGACAAGUCUCAGUGCUCGUACAGAGCUGGCGGAGGGUGGGGGCGCAGGGCGGGGCGAACGAGGCCAGUCUGUGCACGUGGCCUCCUCAAGCCAAUAG